AACCGCGCGGAACAAAGCCGAGCACAACCCGGUCGGAAGCCGCCUCCCCACUUCGUCCCGACGCCGACGUCCUCGCCGCCGCCGCCUCCGCCGCUCCGCGUGAUCGCGAUUGCGAUCGCCUCCAUGCUACCCACCCCUCUCCUCCGCCGCUCCGCGUGAUCGCGAUUGCGAUCGCCUCCAUGCUACCCACUCCUCUCCUCCGAUCUAACCACCCCGCCCGCGCGCGCGCCGCGGCCAUGGCGCCCCUCCUCCUCACCCUCCUCCUCCUCCUCUGCCUGGCUUCACCGCCGCUGGCGGCGGCGGCGGCGGCGUGCGGGACGAACACUAGCCUGGUGGGGUACGAGGCGGACCUGUGGAUGUCGCAGCACCAGCUCCGCGGCCGCGUCGAGGUGCUCGACGGCUGCUCGUUCCGCGUCGCGGCGCUCGACCUCCUCGCGGGGUCCGCCUCCGCGCGGUGGUGGCGCGCCGAGGGGCCCGACCUCGACUCCCUCGCCCGAGGCGCGCCCGCCGCGGGCGACCCGCUCAACCGCACCUUCCUCUCCGAGUCCCUCGUGUUCCGCCUCCUCCCUGGCGUGUCCUGGCCGCUCGUCCCCGUCCUCGCCGCCUUCGACCCCCUCACCUCCUCCCUCUUCGGCUUCGUCCGCCUCUCCAACGAUUCCUCCGCCGAUUCCGAGGCGCCCACCAUGUUCGACUCGUGCGCCCAGCUCUCGCCGCGGCUGCGCGUGCGCUGGACGCUCCACGGCACCUCCGACUCCAUCGACAUCGGCCUCGAGGCGGCCGUCGGGUCGGAGUACUACAUAGCGUUCGGGUGGGCAGCGCCCGGCGCGCCCGAGCCGUCCAUGAUCGGCGCCGACGUCGCCGUCACGGGCUUCACGGAGGACGGCCUCCCCUUCGCCGACGACUACUACGUCACCAAGUACAGCGAGUGCACGGUGCGCGCCGACGGCGCCGUCGAGGGCGUUUGCCCGGACACGAUCUACGAGCAGGGCAACGACACCGCCGCCGGCGCGGUCAACAACACGCGGCUGGUGUACGGCCACCGCCGCGACGGCGUCUCGUUCGUCCGGUUCUCGCGGCCGCUCGUGUCGCCGGACAAGAAGUACGACGUGCCGGUCAACGCCACGGCGAACAUGACGGUGAUCUGGGCGAUCGGGCUGCUCCGGCCGCCGGACUCGCUCCAGCCAUACUACCUCCCUCUGGGCCACGGCGCGCCGGCCGGGACGGCGUUCGGGUUCGCCACGCUCAACGUGUCGGCGAGCGGCGGGUGCGUCGGGCCGCUCGACGCCGAGGACAAGGAGGACCAGGACAGGAUCACGGCGGAGCGGAACACGCCGCUGGUGGUCACCGCCGGGCCGUCGCUGCACUACCCCAACCCACCUAACCCGGACAAGGUGCUCUACAUCAACAAGAAGGAGGCGCCGCUGCUCAAGGUGGAGCGCGGCGUGCCCGUCACCUUCUCCGUCGAGGCCGGCCACGACGCGCCGCUGUACAUCACCUCCGACGCCGUGGGCGGCAACGCCACGUCCCGGAACGCCACCGAGGUCGUCUUCGCCGGCGGCGCCAGGGCCGAGGGCGUGCCGGCGGCGCCGGCGGAGCUCGUCUGGCUCCCCGACCGGAACACGCCCGACGUGGUGUACUACCAGUCGCUCUACGACCCCAAGAUGGGGUGGAAGAUCCAGGUCGUCGACGGCGGCCUCAGCGACAUGUACAACAACAGCGUCCUCCUCGACGACCAGCAGGUGACCUUCUUCUGGACGCUCUCCGGCGACUCCAUCAACAUCGCCGCCCGCGGCGAGCGGAAGAGCGGCUACCUCGCCGUCGGCUUCGGGAGCGCCAUGGUGAACAGCUACGCCUACGUCGGGUGGAUCGACGGCAACGGCACGGGCCACGUCGCCUCCUACUUCAUCGACGGCGAGGACGGCGCGGGCGUGCACGAGACGAGCGAGAACCUCACCCACACGAGGUGCCGGUCGGAGAACGGCGCCAUCGUGUUCGAGCUCACGCGGCCGCUGUCGCCGUCGUGCUCCGGCAGGGUGGAGUGCAGGAACAUCGUCGACCCGACGACGCCGCUGCGGGUGAUCUGGGCGAUGGGCUCGCAGUGGUCGUCUGGCCAGCUGACCGUGAGCAAUAUGCACUCCAUCACCAGCAACCGCCCCGUCCGCGUCCUCCUCCUCGCCGGCACGGCGGAGGCGGAGGAGGAGCUGCGCCCGGUGCUCGCCGUCCAUGGAUUCAUGAUGUUCGUCGCGUGGGGGUUCCUCGUUCCCGGCGGGAUCAUGGCGGCGAGGUACCUCAAGCAUCUGAAGAGCGGCGACCUAUGGUUCCAGGCACACACCUACCUGCAAUCCUCAGCCAUGGCCGUCAUGUUCUUGGGAUUGCUCUUCGCGAUCGCUGAGCUCCGUGGCUUCUCCUUCAAAUCCACGCACGCAAAGAUCGGCACCGCGGCAUUUGUUCUCGCUUGUCUGCAACCGAUUAAUGCUUAUCUCCGACCGCAUUUGCUCGCGGAGAAUGGCGAAAUUCUGCCAAUGAAGAACAGGGUGAUCUGGGAGUAUCUGCACAUUAUCACCGGGAGAUCAGCUGUGGUAGUCGGCGCCAUUGCACUCUUCACCGGCUUGCAGCAUCUUGGUGACAGGUAUGGCAGCAAGAACAUCAAGGGGUUAACAUGUGGGUUGAUCCUGUGGGUUGUGGGUGUCACAUUGGUGGUUGUUUACCUCGAGUUCAUGGCGGCGAGGCGAAGAAGAGGCGGCGGCGCAGAUGACCUUUCGGGUAAAUGGGUGCUUGGCAACACUGAUGAAGAUGAUUCAGUUGAUCUUUUGCAGUCCACUAAAAUGGAGUCUGAUUCGAUUGAACCAAUGGAGGUGCAGCUUGAGCCACUGAAAGGUUGAUAAAUUUUCUUUUUCAGUAUACAUAAGAGGAUUUUAGAUCAGAUUCUUUAUAGAUAGUGAAAAAUGGAGUUAUAUAUGUCUCAUUAAGGGAUUAUAGUUAAAGUUAUCUGUUAGUACCUGGAAUUGGAGAGAGCUUCCAAUUUGGCUUCAUAAGGGUGUAGAAUAGGUUUUUAUUUUUCAUCUUAUUUGGACUUAGGUCAACCUUUUCUUUUAAAACCUCCUAACUUGGUAGUGACUAUGGUCUGUAUGUAUAUUUGUACAAUUUUGGUAUAGCUAAAAGAAAAGGCUACACUUUCUUUAAUUGUUAA